UCCUUUCUCUACAUGCGUCCACUUUCAUGUAGGAAAAGACUGCCCAAGAGAGUUCACUAGUAGCAGGAAAAGAUGGAGAAUUGCAGAUCAACAUUAACAUAAGGUGUUACUAUGGUAGUCCUACUUCCAAGUGUUAAUGGUUUUUUUCAACCAAAGUCUGUGAGGAAAUAGAUUCAAGAUAUUAAUAGCAAUUAGCAUUAAAUGACCUUGCCCCUAACUGAAGACGAGUCAUGUCUUAAAAAGGACCCUUUCAAAAGAAUGCCUCGAUCCAAUUCUCCCAAUUAUGCAAAUUAAGAUUAAAUCAAAGUGGUUUGAGGGGGUGGACAUUUUCAGAUUAAAAGUUGGGGAUCGCCUCCUGUCUGCCUCUCCUCCUGAACCAGACUACAUGUCCAGGAAUGGGACACUCUUACCAUAUCUCCAUCCCAAUCUUCCUACACAAGAAAUAUCCUCACUGGGAAGUGAAAAGGGGUUUCAACAAGUUGGAGAUUAGGGGAUGGCGAUUUAUAGUCGAUUUAUUGUGCCUUGUUCAAGCAAGGGAUGAAAACACCCUGUGGGCAAGGAGAGAGGGGUCAUGGGACUUCCAAAAGGAUUACCUUGAACUGGAGUCAUGAGACUUAGCCAAACAAAGAGCCUGCUCACAUGCUCAUCAUAUGAACGGCCCCUCAUAAAGUGAUGGAGGUUCAUGUCCUGUGGGAUUCAGUGAGACCAGCAGACUGGGAAAGAGCACCAGUAGGGCAGCGCCAAAAGAAAACCAGCCAUAGAGUCUGACUGAGCAUGCAGACUUUAAACUUUUCUUUGACCCACCCUGGUUCACAAUCCUUUAGUCCUCAGAAGAAAUACUUUCUGGGGGUCAUGGAAGACCACGUACACUGUAAGCGGAUCUACAUUUCUCAAAAGCUACAUAUGGCAGUGAAUGGUAUGAUAGAUCUACAUCCUUUGUCAUUGAUGAUUUUGGACUAUGUUGAAGUUAGGGUUUGAACAAUGUAUCACGUUUUAAAUAGAGACCAUAGACAGCAGUUUGACGAUAGGUUAUGGACUUUUCUCAAUAAGACUUUUUAUUAUUAUUAUUGUUUUGUACUAUUUCUACUGAUCACAUCUUUCUCAAGAAGGGCACAUAAAGGUUGGAUAGAGAGGACCUUCCAGAAAAGAGAAUGUAUUCACAAAUUUCCGAGCAAAGACCCAGCCCGAUGUGCCUGUGGUCAGCUAACGACCCAGCACGUGGCCAUCCCCCCUGGUGCAAUCACCAACAAGCCCUUGGGGGAGAACCACCAGUUGGUACAGAUCGAUGCUCCCCAGGAAAGGUGGUCUGUGCUCAAACACACCCAGACCUCUGCCACCGAUGCCUUCGGCACCAUUGAGUUCCAGGGUGGUGGCUUCAUCAACAAGGCAAUGUAUAUCCGAGUGUCUAAUGACACCAAGCCUGACAACCUGUUACACCUGAUGGUGAAGGACUGGCAGCUGGAACUGCCCACCUUGCUCAUCUCAGUCCAUGGAGGCCUCCAAAACUUUGACUUGCCACCCAAACUUAAGCAGGUGUUUGGGAAGGGACUGAUCAAAGCUGCAGUCACCACGGGAGCCUGGAUCUUCACCAGUGGAAUAAGCACUGGGGUAAUCCGCCAUGUGGGGGAUGCACUGAAGGAUCACUCCUCCAAGUCCAGAGGGAAGGUGUGUGCCAUAGGGAUUGCUCCAUGGGGGAUUGUCGAGAACAAAGAGGACCUUAUAGGGAGAGAUGUGACCAGACCCUACCAAACCAUGUCCAACCCUCUAAGCAAGCUGUCUGUGCUCAACAACAGCCACUCCCAUUUCAUCCUGUCAGACAAUGGCACAUGUGGGAAGUACGGAGCUGAAGUUAAACUCCGCCGGCAGCUGGAGAAGCACAUCUCCCUGCAGAAGAUCAAUACCCGCCUGGGUCAGGGAGUCCCUGUGGUGUGUCUGAUAGUAGAAGGGGGUCCCAAUGUCAUCUCCAUAGCGCUGGAGAGCCUUAGGGACGACCCCCCCGUCCCUGUGGUGGUGUGUGAUGGCAGCGGGCGUGCCGCAGAUAUCAUGUCCUUCGCACACAAAUUCACAGAGGAAGGGGGACUGAUCAAUGAGGAUGUGAGGGACCAGCUCUUGGUGACCAUUCAAAAAACAUUUAACUACAGCAAGAGUCAGUCCCAGCAAAUCCAACUGCUGAUCAUGGAGUGUAUGAAGAAGAAGGAACUGGUGAGUAGAAGAAUAACUAAAGGAUGUACAGUAUACAGACAGAUACCAUCAAUAAGAAGUAUUCAACUUGAAUACUUACAAAUGUCAAAUAAAAAUAUGAUAUGCAAGUAAUGUAUUUAAGGUGGUAUAAGUGUU